AUGACGGGCGAAGCAGGACGCGCGCCGGAGGCGAACAGCCCGGCCGAAAACGAGAAGAGACAGACUGUCGGCAUCCAUGGAGACGAGAGCUUGGCUUCUUCCCCUGCGAACCAUGGCUCGCCUCAAAAUGCCGAAGGCGAGGAAGGCCUCGACGACGCCGCCCUGGACCGCAUGAUGGGCGAAAAGGUUCGCUUCGAGAGCGACGUGGAAGAGUUUUUACGCUCGCUGUACGACGAGGUCUACGACAGGAACGUGGACGCAAUUCGGCGGCUCUACGAAGUCGAGUUCCCCGCACUGACUGAGCGGUACUACGCGGAGCGCCGCUGGCCGUCGGUCGACGAAGUCGGGACUUUCUACCGGCAGUUUGAUCGCUAUCACUGCCUCAUCAUCACGCUCUACAAAGAGCUCUACUACCGCCAUCUCUUCCUCAAGUGCCAACAGGAAAUCACCUGGGAUGACCGCCGACUUGCGUGGGAGAACUACGCGCUCCUGAUCAACUUCUUAGCUGAAGUCGAGUGCAGGCCCGACGAGCAGAAGGACGGCAAGUCGCUGCGCCUACCGCUGCAGUGGCUGUGGGACAUUCUCGACGAGUUCGUCUACCAGUUCCAGGAGGCGUGUCGUUGGCGGCAGCGCAUUGCGCGGCGUCUGCCGGAGGACGAGGAGGAGCGCGCUUUGUUUUUGCGCGAGAUGGACAAGGACAGCGACGUUUGGAAGGCGAGUCAGGUUCUCGAGUUUUUGCAUGCGCUUGUCCAGCGGUCGGAGGUCCAGGAUCUGCUGCGUCAGCCGAAGGACGACGCCACCAAGACCAAGCUCUUUGAGAGCGAAAUCCGUUUCCAGCUCGGCUACUUUGCGAUGAUUCUCCUUCUCCGCCUCCACGUGCUCAUGGGCGACUACUUUGUCGGCGUCAAGAGCGUGGAAAACAUCGAAUUGUCCUCCAGGGGAUUCUACUGGAAAGUCCCUGCCGCCCACGUCACGCUGUUCUACCAUCUCGGAUUCGCCUACACCAUGAUGAGGCGCUACACUGACGCGAUCCGCGUGAUGAGCCAACUUCUCAUCUUCGUCUCGCGGCAGCGCAGCUACCUGUCUGCGCAUUUCUACCAACAGAUGGCGAUGAACAAGGCCGUGGACAAGAUGUAUAUCCUCGUCAUGCUUUGCGCGUCGCUCUGCAACGUCAAGCUCGACGAAAGCGUGAACCAAAUGAUCAAAGAGAAAUACUCGGACAAAUUCUACAAGCUGCAGCAAGAGAGCGACGAGACGUACUGCGACCUCUUCACCUGGGCCUGCCCCAAGUUCAUCAACCCCGCGACGCCCUCGUUCGAAGAUCCGCAGGCCCUCGAGCGAUUCGCGAACGCCUACAGCGAAGUCCAGCUCAGACAGUGCAAAAUGUUCUUCAAAGAAGUUGAGUUCCACAAGAAGAUCAACACGAUCAACUCGUUCGCGAAGCUCUAUAACAACAUCCAGAUCUCCAAACUGGCGUCGCUCAUGGAGCUGCCAGACAAGGACCCCGAAGACGCCGUCCGCUCGGAAAUCCUUUCUGUGAAGCACAAGGGCAGGCAAAAGACGUGGAGAAGUGGCUCGCUCCUCAGCGGCGACCUGAUGCCCAGUGCCUCCGACAACAGCGUCGAAUUCUACAUGGACCAAGACAUGAUUCACGUUCGGAGCCAACAAUCUCAGAAGGUGUACGUGGAUCAGUUCCUGAAGCAGAUUGAGAGGUCGCAGAACUUGUUCCACUCUCUACAAAACAACGCCGCGCCGCGCACGCAGCAGCGCGACAACCGCGGAGGUCAGGGCGGAGAGAGAGAUAACAAGUUUGAGCGCAACUCGCCUGACCGCCGCGCCCACAACAACAUGAACGACGCGCCGCAGCGUGCGCAGGCGGCCUUCGCUUGA